AUGAAAAUCAGGAUUAUACUUCAUUUGUUACUUAGCAUUUUCAUAAUUGUGUAAAUGAUAAGACAUACUAAAACAAAUCAAGUUAAAUCUAAAAUUAACUAAGAAGCAUUUAAUAAUCAUAAUAUUAACCAAAGUGAUGCUAAUUUAAACAAAAUAACAAAAUUCUAUGAUAAAUAGUUAAUGAUAUAGAAACUUUCAUAUCCUGAAAAUGUUAGUGUAGAUAUUCAUCAAUCAUCAGUAUCUAUUGUUUUUAAUAUAGAGUUUUCAUUUGAAUCCAAAAAUUCUAAUUGAUGAAGCAUAAUUCUCAAUUACAAUGAAUAGAGAUUUUUAUUAACUUCAUAAAACAGAAAGUCUCAAAAUAAAGUUUAUUAAACCUUAGAUUGCUAAUUUGUUUUUAGUUCAUAUCAAAGUGAGCUAAUUUGAUUACUAAAAUUUUUAUAAUAGUGAAAUUGAUAAAUUUUAAGUGAAAAGAAUAAAAAUUUUUGGUACAUAUAAAAACAAAGAAUUUUUGUUACUCAACAAAAAAAUAUUCAAAAGAAACGAUAGAGACAUUUAUUUCAAAAGUUCAAAUAGCAGAAAAUAUUUAAAGGUAUAUAUAGUUUGUAAAAUUUUAUUAUGUGAAAAUGCCUAUCGAAGUUAUCAACUGUAAUUUAUAAGUUCAACUGAUUAUAGUCAUAUAUAUCCAGUAACUUUAUAUUAAAUAAAUGAUAUUGAACUUUUAUAAUUAGGUAGAGUUAUGAUAUGA